ACUUAAAACGCAUUUCAAGAAAAUUACUAAACACUACAACAAUCUUAUAAUAACAUUUACUAAAAAUGUCCACGUUUGUAAAAGUCACCGACUUAAUCACUAUCAUGUUCUUUCUAGCCAUUGCUGCCGUCAUAACCGCCUCAAACACAGCCGAGUUGGAUGUACUUGAAAUGGCUAGAACUGCUGUGGUUGAAGCCAAGACUAGUUUUGGGUCAAUGGCUGUGACUGAGGCAACUAGUGAAGUUGCUGGUAGUUAUUAUAAAUUGGGGUUAAGUGAAUGCGAGAAGCUCUACGAUGAGAGUGAAGCUAGGCUAUCGAAACUGGUCGUAGAUCAUGAGAAUUUCACCGUUGAAGAUGUUAGAACGUGGCUAAGUGGCGUGCUUGCGAAUCAUCACACUUGUUUAGACGGUUUAAUUCAGCAACGUCAAGGUCAUAAGCCUUUGGUCCAUAGCAACGUCACGUUCGUGCUCCAUGAAGCUUUGGCUUUCUACAAAAAGUCUAGAGGUCAUAUGAAAAAGAGGCUGCAUGGACCAGCGAGACAGGGCCAUGGACCAACGAGACCAAAACAUAGACCAACGAGACCAAAUCAUGGACCAGGAAGAUCACACCAUGGACCAUCAAGACCAAACCAAAACGGUGGAAUGUUAGUGUCAUGGAAUCCAACAAGUUCAAGGGCAGAUUUCGUGGUGGCUCGGGACGGUUCGGCGACUCAUCGGACGAUAAACCAAGCAUUAGCCGCCGUUUCAAGAAUGGGUAAAAGUCGGUUGAAUAGAGUGAUAAUAUACAUAAAAGCUGGUGUUUAUAACGAAAAAAUCGAAAUAGAUAGACACAUGAAAAACAUCAUGCUAGUUGGUGAUGGUAUGGACCGUACAAUUGUCACCAAUAACCGAAACGUCCCGGACGGUUCCACGACUUAUGGAUCAGCGACAUUCGGAGUGUCCGGGGAUGGAUUUUGGGCACGGGACAUAACGUUCGAGAAUACUGCAGGACCACAUAAACAUCAAGCUGUGGCGUUGAGAGUGAGCUCAGACUUGUCUUUAUUCUAUCGGUGUAGUUUCAAAGGAUAUCAAGAUACUCUUUUCACGCACUCACUUCGUCAAUUCUACCGCGAUUGUCAUAUUUAUGGUACGAUUGAUUUCAUAUUUGGAGAUGCGGCAGCUGUUUUUCAGAACUGUGAUAUAUUUGUGAGGCGGCCUAUGGAUCAUCAAGGCAACAUGAUCACAGCUCAAGGAAGAGACGACCCACAUACAAAUUCAGGCAUUUCGAUCCAACACUCACGGAUCAGGGCCGCACCAGAAUUCGAAGCAGUUAAAGGCCGGUUUAAGAGCUACUUGGGCCGGCCAUGGAAGAAGUACUCACGGACAGUGUUUCUCAAAACAGAUAUCGACGAGUUGAUUGACCCGAGAGGGUGGAGAGAAUGGAGUGGCAGUUAUGCUUUGUCGACGUUGUAUUACGGCGAGUUUAUGAACACCGGAGCUGGAGCAGGGACUGGUAGAAGGGUGAACUGGCCGGGAUUUCACGUCCUACGCGGUGAGGAAGAGGCUUCUCCGUUUACCGUCAGCCGAUUCAUACAAGGAGAUUCUUGGAUCCCUAUCACCGGUGUGCCGUUUUCAGCUGGGGUUUGAGUCACUUUUGAAUGAAUAAAUCAUCAACACAAUAUAACAUAUUUAAG